AUGCUUGCUCAGAAGCGUUUACAGCGGGCUACUCGAGGGUUUACUUCCAGAGCGGGCCCUGCAACAGCGGCAUUGGGCCGACUCGAACCAAAUCAUUUCCUGGGCCUGAACAGCUUUGUUCACAAAGUCGGUGGAUUGCGAAAACACGCCCUCGAGACACACCGCGAGGUCUACGAGUUUAUGGAGAGUGCCUGCUAG